GUUUCGUCCCAUUCCCCGCAGAAAACCAUAAACAGUAGAUCGUGACAGAGGAUCUGAAGAUGUGGCACGAAGCUCGGAGGUCGGAGAGGAAGGUCCACGACAUGAUGGACGCGGCUCGAAAGAGAGCUCAGAGACGAGCCGUCUUUCUGGCGAAGCGUCGCGGUGACCCUCAGCAAUCGAUCCAGGCCGUCGGAUCUCGUUGCCGCAUGUACCGUGACGACGGUCUCUACCAAGCCACUGAGGAUCAGCAAGGCUUGAUACCUUGGAAUGGGAAACAGGAAAUUUUGAUUGACAGAUUUGAUGGCCGUGCUCUUCUUGAUUUUAUUCGAGAUUCUAAUUCCCGACCUUUUCGGACCCCGGAGAAAACAGAGGAAGAAGAAGAACUAGAAGAGUUUGUUAAUUUUGAGCGUUAUCGGGAUUUAAUUAAGCAUCGACGUAGAGGAUUGACUGAUGAGGAGGGUUUACAGCAUGUUAAUCUAGAGCUGGAGGCAAAGAUUGCUGCUCCAUUUGUAUCCGACAGAUCUCAAACAGCCCAGCCACCAACAAGCAAGGGGUCUUAUUCGCAAGUGGGGUUCUCCUAUGAUGGAGAUGGAAAAGAGGAAACUCAUUCUUCUGAUACUGAAGACAAUGUCGAGGAUGAUGAGGAGGAAGAUGAUGAUGAUUUUAAUAGUGACGAUAGCAAUGAUGACGCUAUGGAAUCAAUUGCAAAAGAAUUUGGAGUGAAAAGAUAUGGAUGGCUUGUAUACAUGGAUAAAAAGGCUAAAGAGGAGGAAAGGAGGCAAAAAGAGUUGAUCAAGGGAGAUCCUGCAAUUGUAAGUCUGGCAAAUAGGAAGCUGAGCCGCAAGGAACGGAGGAAAGCUUCUCAGUUGGAACGAGAGAAGGAAAGAGAAGCCACCCGUGUCACUGGAACUCGAGUCCUUCAUCAUGAUCCCUACCGGGAGUCUCGACGAAGUCCAACCUAUGAAGCGUAUUCACGUUCUAGAAGAUCAAGAUCACAGUCACGAUCUUACUCACCAUCUCACUCAAGGCGCCAUGCUCGUGGUGUUCAUUCUGAUGAUUUUCAUCGAAGCAAGCCAAAGGUUCCUAAAAUAGAGUAUAUCACUGAAUUUGGGGGCUCCGCUGAUGGGGAUGAACCAAAGAUUGAAGGAUUUUCUCCACCACCAUCUCCUCCAUCCCGAGCUGAUGCAUUGAGCCGGCCAUCAUCUGGUCGAAUAUUGGAGGCGCUCCAUGUUGAUCCUGCAUCCGGUGUAUCCAUUGAUAAGGAAAAGAACUCCAAAUCAUUGAAACCAUCAGCAAGCACGUCCCCAGCAUUGGCGAAGUUAAGUAAGGCUACUAGUAGUGGGAGCCUCUCUAAACAACCGGGGGAGAAAAAGGAAACACCUCAAGAGCGACUGAAACGGAUUAUGAGCAAACAACUGAACAAACAAAGUAUGCCCUACUUUAUGUGCAUUUGAAUAGCAAAAGCACUGCAGCAGUCAAUCCACUAUUAUGGUUCACCAUGUGAUGUGGGAAGUUGAUCCAAAUAGUGAUGAUCUUUCUUCUUCGCGUCAUGAUUUAUGAUUCUUGAUAUGGCCUACUGAUUGAUUGCACAGUUAAGAAAGAUACGGCUAUUGAAAUAGCUAAGAAACGGGAACAAGAGCGGCAGAGGCUUGAAAAACUUGCAGAAACAAGCCGACUAAGUCGAUAUAGACGUCGAAGCCGUAGUAGAAGUUUUAGUCGUUCUCCUCCAAGAUAUAGGCGCAGCAGAAGCCCGAGCAGGGGCCGGAGUUCUCGAAGACCUCAUUCUCGUUCUCGCUCGCGGUCUCAAUCUCAAUCUCGCCCUCGUUCCCUUUCUCGAAGAUAUCAUUCUCGUUCUCGCUCACGGUCUCGCUCUCGCUCCUACACCCACUCUCGAUCCAUCUCCCGCUCCCUCUCGCCUAGGGUAAGAAGCCGUUCAAGAUACUGAAAUUGCAACAGGGGUGGAAGCUUGUAUGCCACUAAAAAAGCAAUUUAAGCUAGCCUUUACGUUUUCGUGACGACUACAAUUCCUAAGAGGAUUAAGAGGAUGUGGUUGUAUAGUAGACAGCCAGAACAUCUUUGUAAUCAAAUAUGCUUUCUUUGUUGCCGUUGUAUGGACUAUUUUACCAUUUUACUGAAUAUAUAUCUAGCAUAUUUAUUUGCAACAACUAGUAAAUGUUAGCAUCACUGUUGUAAUAUCAAUAUUACACUGGUUUGUAUCUUUUUUAUUCUUAGAUUUUUUUGGGUUCAGCAAAAAUUAACAAGUAUUCAGAAUUG